ACUUGUCUCUAUAAAUAAUCCACACAACUAGUUCAUUGUUUGAUUUUUAUUUUGCUAAGAGAAAUAGUAACAAGAUAUAAAACAUGUGGAGGCUAAAGAUCGGAGCUGCCUCAGCAAGAGAUCAUGAUCCCUCUCACUUGUUUACCACCAACAACUAUGUUGGUAGACAGAUUUGGGAGUUUGACACAGAUGCAUGCUCUCAUGAAGAACUCUCGGAGGUCGACGAGGCUCGCCGUAAUUUCUCACUUAACCGGUCACGUUUCAAAACGAGUCCUGAUCUUCUUUGGCGCAUGCAGUUUAUGAGGGAGAAGAAGUUUGAGCAAAAGAUCCCGCGAGUUAGAGUAGAAGAUGCAGAGAAAAUAACAUAUGAAGAUGCAAAGGCCGCGACGAGAAGAGGAAUACUAUAUCUUGCGGCGUUGCAAGCUGAUGAUGGACACUGGCCUGCUGAGAACUCUGGUGUCAUGUUCUUCAACGCUCCCUUUUUACUAUGCUUAUACAUAACUGGACACUUGGAAAAAAUCUUCACUAUGGAACAUCGCAAAGAGUUCAUGCGCUACUUGUACAACCAUCAGAGUGAAGAUGGUGGUUGGGGAUUACACAUAGAAAGCCAUAGUUGUAUGCUUAGCACCAUCCUCAACUACAUCUGCCUACGGAUUCUAGGAGUAGAACCAGACCAAGGAAGUGCUUGUGCAAGGGCACUUAAAUGGAUCCUCGACCAUGGUGGUGCUACCUAUACACCAUUGUUCGGAAAAGCUUGGCUUUCGGUUCUUGGAGUGUAUGAUUGGUCUGGCUGCAAAGCUAUACCACCUGAGUUCUGGAUGCUUCCUUCAUUUUCUCCUAUUAAUGGAGGUACCGUGUGGAUUUAUUUCCGAGAGAGUUUCAUGGCAUUGUCAUACUUAUAUGGUAAGAAAUUUGUAGCUACACAAACAUCUCUCAUUCUACAGCUUCGUAAAGAGCUUUAUCCUCAACCUUACGCUCAAAUCGUUUGGAGCCAAGCCAGAAACCUAUGCGCUAAGGAAGAUGCUUUCAACCAACAAUCAUGUAUACAAGAUUUGUUUUGGCGAAGUGUUCAUAUACUCUCUGAGAACAUUCUAAGCAGUUGGCCUUUCAAUAAGCUCAUAAGGGAAAGAGCUCUUCAAACCACAAUCAAACUCAUUCACUACCAUAAUGAAGCGACCCGACACCUUACUGGUGGAUGUGUGUCAAAGGUAUUUUGUAUGCUUGCAUGUUGGGUAGAAGAGCCAGAAGGUGAUCAUUUUAAGAGACAUCUUGCUCGAGUCCUUGAUUUUGUAUGGAUUGGUGAUGAUGGUUUGAAAUUCCAGAUUUCUGGUAGUCAAUUGUGGGAUACAGCCUUUUCACUCAAAGCCAUUUUAGCUGGUGAUAUUGAUGAUGAGAUUAGGCCAACUCUGAAAAAAGGAUAUGAUUUUCUGAAGAAAUCUCAGCUUACACAAAACCCACUUGGUGACCAUCACAAAAUGUUUAGAAACAUUACAAAAGGUGCAUGGAGCUUUUCUGACAAAGACCAAGGAUUGCCUAUUUCAGAUUGUACUGCCGAGAGUUUAGAGUGCUGCUUAAUGUUUGAAACCAUGCCAUUGGAGUUUAUUGGUGAGAAAAUGGAUGUAAAGAAGCUAUAUGAUGCAGUCAACAUGAUUCUUCAUUAUCAGAGCAAGAAUGGAGGCUUAGCAGCAUGGGAGCCAGCACCCGGGAAAACUUGGCUAGAGUGGUUUAGUCCAGUGGAGUUUAUGGAAAAUGCAAUAGUGGAACAUCAGUAUGUAGAAUGCACAGGGUCAUCGAUAGUAGCAAUGGCUCGGUUCAUGAAACAAUUUCCAAAACAUAGAAGACAAGAGGUAGAAAAAUUUAUAAAAAAUGGAACAAAAUUUAUUGAGGAUGUUCAAAUGCAAGAUGGUUCGUGGUAUGGUAACUGGGCAGUGUGCUUCCUCUAUGGAACCUUGUUUGCAUUAAGAGGAUUAGUGGCUGCAGGCAAGACCUACAACAAUUGCGAGGCUAUCCGUAGAGCGGUUCGAUUCCUUCUCGACACGCAAAAUGCCGAAGGCGGAUGGGGAGAGAGUUAUCAUUCUUGUCUUGAAAGGAAAUACAUUCCUAAAGAUGGAAACAACAUGACGAAUGUUGUGAAUACAGGAGAAGCACUUAUGAGUCUGAUUUUGGCUGGUCAAAUGGAAAGAGAUCCUAGACCGGUUCACCGAGCUGCCAAAGUUUUGAUCAAUUUACAAUUGGAUAAUGGAGAUUUCCCACAAGAGGAAAUGAGUGGGGUGUUCAAUGUUAAUCUGAAGUUUCAUUCUCCUAAUUAUAGGAACAUCUUCACUCUUUGGUCACUCGCAAAUUAUUCGCAAGCCCUUCUAUGUUUACAUAAGUGAGCACUCCACUUUUAGUUAUUAUUUUUAUCAACACUAUCACUUUUCAGUCUUAAUACAUGUAAACAACUUCUUCCAAAUAUUUUGUCACAACAAAUUUUUCCACAGUUCAAAAUCCUGACCAUCUAUAUAUACAUUUUGAAGUA